CCUCUUCCUUGUUCAAUGCAAGAGAAUUCCUUGGGUCCUUUUCCUUUACUGCUUCAACAAGUCCAAUCUGAUGCAGCACAGAAUUAUACCAUUUAUUACUCAAUAAGUGGUCGUGGAGUUGAUCAAGAACCUUUGAAUUUAUUUUACAUUGAAAGAGACACUGGAAAUCUAUACUGUACCCGACCUGUGGAUCGUGAAGAAUAUGAUGUUUUCGAAUUGGUUGCUUAUGCAUAUACUGCCGAUGGGUACUCUGCAGACUUUCCACUUCCACUGCCUAUCAAAGUGGAGGACGAAAACGACAACCACCCAGUUUUCACCAAACCCAUUUAUAAUUUUAAAGUUCCAGAAAGUAGUAGACUUGGUACUGAAGUCGGAGUAGUCUGUGCCACGGACAGAGAUGAACCUGAUACAAUGCAUACACAACUGAAGUACAGCAUUUUGGAGCAAACACCAAAAUCACCUGGGAUGUUUUCUGUGGAUCCAAAGACAGGUGUUAUCACCACUAAGUCUCAUUCCAUGGACAGAGAGGUUGUAGACAAGUACACGUUGAUAAUGAAAGUGCAGGAUAUGGACGGUCAGUUCUUUGGACUGAUUGGCACAUCCACGUGUAUCAUUACAGUAGAAGAUUCAAAUGACAAUGCACCCACUUUCAGACAAAAUGCUUAUGAAGCUUCAGUAGAAGAAAAUGUGUAUAAUGUGGAAAUCUUACGAAUACCUGUAGAUGACAAGGAUUUAAUUAACACUGCCAAUUGGAGGGCCAAUUUUACCAUUUUAAAAGGAAAUGAAAAUGGUUAUUUCCAAAUCACCACUGACAAAACCACUAAUGAUGGAGUUCUGUAUGUUGUAAAGCCAUUGAAUUAUGAAGAAGAUCAUCAAGUGGUCCUUGAAAUUGGAGUCAGCAAUGAAGAACCAUUCACCAGAGAUUUUGCAGCCAGAGUGCCAACCAUGAACAGAGCUUUAGUUACAGUUCACGUGAGAGAUCAGGAUGAGGGGCCCGAAUGCAGCCCUCUCACCCAGUAUGUCCGGAUUAAAGAAAACUCAGCAGUGGGCUCAAAGAUAAACGGCUAUAAAGCGUAUGACCCUGAAACUAGGAAUAGCAAUGGUCUGAGGUACAAAAUAUUACAUGACCCAAGAGGGUGGGUCACUAUUGAUGAAAAUUCAGGAUCGAUCAUAACUUCCAAAGCCCUGGACAGAGAGGUGAUGGAUCCCCAAAAUUAUUUGUCUAAUAUCACAGUUCUGGCAACAGACCAAGUUGGUAGGUCAUGUACUGGAACACUUAUAGUGAGCAUUGAAGAUGUGAAUGAUAAUGCACCGACAAUUCCUCAAGAUUAUAUAAUCAUUUGCAAAUCAAAGAUGGAAUACGCUGACAUUUUAGCUGCUGAUCCUGAUGAUGCUGUCAACGGAGCUCCAUUUUACUUCAGCUUGGAAAAUGCUUCUCCAGAUAUCAGUAGAAUUUGGAGCCUCAACAGAGUUAAUGAUACAGCUGCUCGUCUUUCAUAUCAGAAAAAUGCUGAAUUUCAAGAAUAUUUAAUUCCUAUUACUGUAAAAGAUAGAGCAGGAAUGUCUGCAACGAAAACCUUGAAGGUUAAUCUUUGUGACUGUACACAUUCAAGUCAAUGUUUUGCGGCCCCAAGGAGUGGACAAAUAGAACUUGGAAAAUGGGCCAUCCUUGCGAUAUUGUUGGGUAUAGCUCUACUAUUCUCCGUGUUGCUAACUUUAGUAUGUGGAAUUGUUGGUACCAGAAAAGGAAAACAUUUUCCUGAAGAUAUAGCACAGCAAAACUUAAUUAUAUCUAACACUGAAGCUCCCGGGGAUGACAGAGUGUGUUCGGUCAACGGAGUUAUGAUGCAGACUGCCAACAACUCUAGCCAAGGCUUUUGUGGCACCAUGGGAUCGGGAGUCAGAAACGGAGGGCAAGAAACGAUUGAAAUGCUGAAAGGACACCAGACGUUGGAAUCCUACCGAGGAGCCGGGCAUCACCACACACUGGACUCCUGCAGGGGAGGACACGUGGAGAUGGACAGCUGCAGAUACACCUACUCCGAGUGGCACAAUUUCACUCAGCCCCGACUCGGUGAAGAAUCCAUUAGAGGACACACUGGUUAA